CCGGGUUGGGCUGUGCCGCUCUGGCAAGCUUCUCAGACACCACCUUUCUCAGUGCAUGGCACCCCUUUCCCUGUAUGCAAGCCUCUAGAGCACUCUUGCAUGUACCAUGGAGUCGUCUGGGAAGAGAAAACGAGCGGCACAUCUCCCACACAUGACUCCACAAUCUGUUAAUGCCCGGUUCAUCAACGACAAUUGCCCACGACCGACAUCACACAGCCUUCUCAGUUCCCAAGGCACUCGGACAGCAAUUCCACCUGCUUCAAGCAGUGCUGGAAAUUUUUGGACUGGGAAUAGUCUCUAUGAACGAUCCAUCGAUGAUGAGCUUGAACAAGUCGUGGUGGCAAUCGACAUGAAAGAAUCGGGUACAGUGGGAUGUUCUUACUACUCUGCCCAGGAGGAGAAGCUAUAUCUCCUAGGCGAUCUGCGGUACUCCAGGGCGGAGACUAUCGAAAGCUUGAUUCUUCAAACUAAGCCUACCGUGCUCUUGAUCUCACCCCGUGUUGACCACAACAGCCUCCAGGAAAGACGAGCAACUGAGCAAGACAGUGAUACUCAUUCCUAUCUUCCCUACCAACUCGAUGUACGCCCAUCCCAAGAAUUCAACUACGCAAACGCAAAAAACAAGCUAGUGGCUUUGGAGAUAUCGUCGCGACACGAACAACGCAUCAGGUUCUUGGUACCACACAAUGGGCUGGUUGAUAAUGAACAAAUGGAUGCGGAGAGCAUGGAUCUCACAUUGCAGGAAGGCAAACUUCUGCAUAUGUCCGCCUCGAUUGAGAUGGAGAACACGGUGACGAUCGGCUGUGCUGGUGCCCUUCUCGCGUAUCUGCAGAGACGUAAAACCUCGAUCGCAGCGUCCAGUGAUAGCGUAUUUCGAGUGUCAUUCGUUGAAAUGUUCUGUUUGACUGGGACUAUGUUCGUCAAUGGAAGAACUUUACUAGCGCUUCAGAUAAUGGAGUCCGAGUCUCAUCCUAGUAUGGUCAAUCAAGGCCCAGGGAGGAGGUCAUCCUCGUCGAAAGAAGGCCUUUCGAUUUAUGGUCUAUUCCAACGCUUCGCAUAUACACCUCAGGGAAGAAACCGACUCAAACAGAUGUUUCUCCGUCCCAGCGUGGAUCUUGAUGUCAUCAAGGAGCGACAUGCCUUUGUUGGUACAUAUCUUCGAACAGACAAUUACAAUCCUUUGGACAAAAUGAUCAAAGGUUUAAAGCAUAUCAAGAAUCUCCGCCAGGUGAUGGUCAAUCUUCGGAAAGGAAUCAGCACUGGGAGCGGGAAAAUUAUGGGUUUCAAGACAACUGUUUGGGCUACUUUACUGGCUUUUGCUUUUUACGGUAUCGACAUCCAUGAUGCCCUAAGGGAGACAUCCGGUGGAAGCAAUCUGGCUUUACAUGGCAAAGCUCUCCGUAUCUUUGAAGCAGCUCAAUUGUUCAGAGUUGGAAGGAUGAUACAGGAAAUAGUCGACAUCGAUAGCUCUGAGGAGCAGGGAAGAACAGUCGUCAAGCCAGGAAUCGAUAGGGAACUCGAUCGUAUGAAAGAUAGGUAUGACGGUCUGAAUAGCCUAUUGAAGCAGGUCGCAAUCGAAAUUGCCACGACCAUUCCAGAAAGUUCCGAGAUAGAUGUGAAUGUUAUCUAUUUUCCUCAACUCGGAUUCAACAUAGCAAUUCCGCUGAACGAGGCGGGUGAUGCUGCUUACAGGGGCGCAGAAGACGACUGGGAGCUUAUGUUCCUUACGGAAAACAGAGCGUACUUCAAGGAUUUCAGGAUGAGGGAGAUGGAUGACAAGCUAGGCGAUAUAUACGGUCUUAUAUGCGAAAAAGAGAUUGAGAUUGUUUACGAUCUCGCUCAAAGAGUGCUUCAAUACGAGAAGGUGCUUCUAGAAGCGUCGGACAUAUGUGGGCAACUUGACAGCCUUUUAGCAAUGGCCCAAACUGCAAGUUCAUACAAUCUGGUGCGCCCCAAUAUGGUGCAAGAAGGUAUCAUAAAAAUCAAGGGUGGCCGACACAUGUUGCAAGAACUUACCGUCUCAUCAUAUGUUCCUAAUGAUGCCUUUCUUGUAAGUGGAAAGGUGCAGGGAGUGCCAUCAGAACCCCUCGGUCAGACGUCAGGGGCUAUCCUGGCUCAGACCAAUACGGAAUCUGGUCCGAGUAUGUUGCUGUUGACAGGACCAAACUAUUCUGGAAAGAGUGUCUACAUGAAACAAGUCGCACUGAUCGCCUAUCUGGCACAGGUCGGAAGUUUCGUUCCAGCUAAAAGCGCAGAGAUCGGGAUCAUCGACAAGAUUUUGGUGAAGUCGAAUACUCAAGACAGCGUCUCCCAGAUCCAGAGCACCUUCAUGAAUGAUCUUCAGCAGAUAUCAUUUGACCUGAAACAGAUGACCAGUCGGAGUCUGCUGUUGAUCGAUGAAUUCGGGAAAGGAACCAACGAAAACGAUGGCAUCGGCCUAGCAUGUGGAGUUCUCAAGCACCUACUAGGUUUGGAGAAUGCGCCCAAAGUCAUCGCCGCAACACACUUCCACGAGAUACUCGAGAACGGGUUCCUCAAACCCAGUCCACAGUUACAACUCGGCCAUAUGGAGAUCCGGGUGUGCGACAACCCGCGCGAUGCUGAAGACCAAAUCACGUAUCUCUAUAACUUCCGUCUAGGUCGAAGCAAUCGGAGCUAUGGAACAAUUUGCGCCGCCAUGAAUGGUAUUAGCCAGGCAAUUGUUGACCGGGCAGACGAGAUCGCCUCUCUUUCGGCUCGUGGCGAGAAUCUGAUUGCCGCUUGUGCCCUGCUUUCUACCGAAGAGACACAGGCGCUGGAGGAAGCUGACAAGUUGGCAAGACUAUUCCUGUCUUGGGAUCUCUCAAAGACUGACUUGAGUUCAAGUUCUGUGAGGGAUGAGCUUGAAAUGAAACUUUUCGAUGUGUCAGGGUGA